AUGUCUACUGACAUUUUUUUGUGCAACAUUUGUAAAACAGAUCGAUCAUUUAACAAGUUUCCAGAAUAUUUUCGACAUAUAACAUUAUAUCAUGCCAAUGAACCUAAUUUUAAAUUAACAUGUAAUUUAUCAGACUCGUGUGGUGUUAUGUAUAAAACGUUUACAGCAUAUAAAACGCACGUUCAUCGAUAUCAUAAAUCAUUACUCAAUUCGUCAUUUGAACAACGCGGAAACAAUGACACAGAUGAUAUUAAUCAAUUAUCUUUUUUGCAACCUGAUACAACAGCUGACUGUUCAACCAUAUAUGACAAUAAUGAAGACAACAUUAUAUACACUGAUUUAAUGGAUGAUAAUUCAGAUGAUAAAUGGAAUAUUUUUAAAACAAAUAAUUCUUUUGAUGAUGGAAAAAUAAAUCUUAGCACGGUUCAUCAACAAUACACACGAUUUUUACUUGAAAUGAGAGAAGAACACAUUUUGCCUCAAACAGUAAUUCAAUCAAUUACAACACAUAUAGUCAAUUUAUUCGAUAUUAUCAUAGAGCUUGUGGAAGAACAAGCAAAACAAGAAAAUUUAGCUGAACAACAACCAACAGCAGCAAGUAUUUCGAUUGAUGGUUUACGUAAAACCAUAAAGAAAAUUGAACAAGCAAUUACUCUUUCAACACGAAACGAAUAUCAAUUUCUUCAGUCAUGCAAAAAGUUUUUUGAUUAUUCACCUCCAGUAGAAAAUAUUCUUUCAUCAAAUCAAUCAAAAAAUGAACAAUCGUAUUAUAUACCUAUUAAACAUUCAUUAAAAAAAUUUUUACAAAAAGAUGAAAUGAUUCCACUUUUAGUUGAAAAUAUUCGAAGUCAAGCUGCGCUAAAUCAUAGUGAUCGUGAUUUGAUGUUCUCAUUUAGAGAUGGGAUUAAAGGUGAAAAAAUCAAUAAACAAUCGUUUUUGAUUCAAUUAUAUGUUGACGGUAUUGGGGUUACCAACCCUUUGGGAUCUAAAAAAGAUCAACACAAAUUAACACUAGUAUACUUUGCAUUGGAAGAUAUACCAGAUAUAUUCCGAUCUACAUUGCAGUGUAUUAAUCUUGCAUCUAUUUGUUAUACUAGAUAUUUAAAUAAUAAUGAAAAACUAAAGAAAUUUUAUGAACCAAUUGUUCAAGACUUAAAUGAUCUACAAAAUACUGGUUUAGUUAUUAACACAUUCAAUAGUCAAAUCUUGUUCACAUUUACAACAAUUGCUGCUGAUAAUCUUGCAGCUCAUGAAGUUGCCGGGUUUCAACUAAAUUUUAAUGCCGGUCAUUUCUGUAGGAGGUGCAUGGUUUCAUACGAAAAUCGUCUGAUACCAUUAACCGAUAUUCAUUUUAUUCACAGAAAUCAUCUACAACAUCAACGUUAUUUACAACUUAUUGAAAAUAAUGCCGGCAUUAACUCAAUAUUAGGUGUGAUUGGACGUAGCCCUCUGAAUGAUCUUCAGAAUUUUGAUCCUACUGCUUCUUGCCCUGGUGAUGUUAUGCACGACUUCUUCGAGGGCGUGUGCCCGUUGAUUGUUAUGGCUAUGCUGAAAGAAGCAUCACACUUAAGAUUAAUGACUUUUGCUGCUAUUCAAAAAAGAACAGAGAGUUUUGAUUAUGGUGAAUUAGAUACACCAAAUAAACCCCCACCUGUACAAAUCAAACAUAUAAAUAAUGAUCGUAUCACUGGAACAGCAACACAGAAGUAUUGUUUAUUUCUUUUACGUGAGUUGUUGGACAUGGUAUUAGCUUUACCUCAAAGGAAGAAUUGGUUACCUUUCAUGGAAACAUUAGCAACUAAUUUUCAAUGUAUGAUGUUAGAUCUUCUUCCUGGUAAAGCUAUACCAAAAGUUCACUAUGUAACCGACUAUCCAACAAGAGCACAGUAUACAAUUAUUGUUAAUGGAAUAUUGAACCAUUUGAAUGUUGAGUUGGAAACAAAAAAAGUGAAUUCUUGGCGUGAAUCUUUAAUUUCGAAAUAUAAACGAGAACGACAAAACUCAAAUGAUGAACGACGCGUUGAAAUGAAACUUAAAUAUUCGAGAGAAACAUCAGGAAGAAAAAUAAAACAACGUCCCAUUACUGAAAUGUCAGAAAGAAAUGUAGUAAACAAGAUAUUACUUGCAGAAAAUAUAUCAUCUAAUAAUGAACAAAUGGCAGCAAAAUCCGAAACAAUCAAAGAAGAUUUUCAAAAUAGUUCAUUUGAUUAUGAAAAUCUCAAGCAAUUGUGGUUGGAAACGUAUGAAUAUCGACAAAGUUUUAUUAAUCAAAAUUCAAUUGCAGAUGUAAUGGAACAAUUUCCGGCUUAUUCUAAUCCAUUGAUGGUAUUAACAGAUGUUAAAAUAUUAAAAGGAAUAGAUGUGGAUAUUUCUGUCAAAGAAAAACUUGAUCUACUUGCUGGUAAAAUUUGUUCUGGUAAUCAAUAUAUAACAGAUAGUUCAAGCAUUCGUUGUUUUAAAAAGCCAGUUACUCCUCAACCAUCAAUAGUAGUUGAAGAUGAUGGUAUAAAAGUUUAUCUUGAUUGGACAUGUGUUUGUUCAUCUUCAUCUAUUGAACAGUCUCUUGGUAUAAUUGUCAGUCUAUAUUGCAUUAUGAAUCUCAAAUUUCAUCCACAUCGUACAGCUAUAAGAUUUCUAUAUGUCUAUUUCUUAAAUGAGAAGCAACAUCAGUCAAAUUUUAUUCGAAAGUUUUGUAAAGAAUACAACAUUGAACUUCAAGAUAAAUCUUCAUCAUCACCAAUCGAUCGUCUUGAAGAAAUAGAAAAUGUUGAUCCACCAUUAAAUAAAGAAACUGAACAAGAUGACGAGAAUUUAUUUAUUGACAGGAAACAAGAUAGUCCUAUAGAAAUGACAAAUGUGGUUCAAAUAAUUCAGGCAGAACCAAUGUCAAUUGAUCCGCAAAUCAAUCAAAAAAGAAAGUCAGAUCAGCUAGUUGAUGAACAAGCAUCAGAUAAUGAAAAUGCUCCACCAACAAAAAAAACAGCUCGACCAACGAAAAAACCAACUGAACCAACUCGACCAACUCGAUCAACUAGUCGCAAAUCAUAA